GGAUGGGGUGUUCGGUCCGUCUUUCCCCUGUUCUGUCCCCUUUUCUCCGCUCGGCGCAGACGCCAUGUUGGCUGAAAGGGAAGAUGACAAGAGGCGGCUGAAGGAGUAGCGGCGGCGGCGGCAGGCGGUGAAGGGUACCGAGGAGCAGCCUGCAUUGGGGAAAGCUGUUCCCAGCCCUUUUUCGUUCGACCGGCGCUCUGGCCGGCGAAAGGAGGAGUUGCUCCUCCGUCUCAGCUGCGGGGGGCUUCCGUUAACCGUCUGCUGCUGAGGGAGACCCCGGAGGAGGAGGAGGAGGAGGAGGAGGAAGAGACGGAGGAGGGACUGUGGAGAAACGAGCCGGCGGCGGCGAUGAAAGCCGAGACCUGAGGCGGAGGGGCGGCGAGGGCUGCUGCUCCUGCUGCGAGAGGCAACUGCAGUUUAAAUCCCCCCUUGAGCUGCUGCUGCUGCAGUUUGAGGGGGGAGGGUAACAUUUCUUUGUCCCUUCCCCUCCCUCUUUCCCGGCUCAUUUUAAUACAUAUAUUUUAACUCAGUGUUGUAAAUGCUGUAGGAAGCGCCUUUCCAAGGAAGAGAAGCCCCCAGCCCACUUUCACUUACUGAGAAUCGGGCAAGAGCCCCCCCCCCAAGAACUUUGGCCUCAGGGAAAGAGGACGGUCGCUUGCUUUACUUCAUUGAGUGCCUGUCGCUUUUUUUUUUCUUUUUAAUGAGGAGGUGACUCGGACCCAGAACUAUCUUCUGAAUCAUCUUCGUCAUUCAUUAUUGGUCUAGGCUGGAGAGGAAGAGCAGGAGAGGAAGAAAAACGCUCGUACACAAUUCAUGUUGUUGUAUGUUUUUGCCCGGUCUAUCUGGCACAACUGGUGUUGGUGUUGCUGCUGACAAGAAUCCGAGUCUCUGUUUUCCCUGUGAUUUCCUCUCUGAUCCAGCCUUUUAACACCAAUUGGAUUCUUUUUCAUCCCCAUUUCUCAGUUUCCUUGCUGUGGGUCAGGUGCUUUUACUGGAGGAAGAAAACGCACAGAACUUACCAGGAUCAAACCAAAGAUUGGUUAGCUGGAAGAUCUUUUUCCUGUGUUGUCUUGGCUGGUUUUUAGAUUUUUUUUCUUCUGUGUUUCUUGAAACUAACAGCAUAGUAUCAAGAUGUCUAGCAGUGUUCCAUCUGAUAUGAUAAAUUUGCGCCUCAUUUUGGUAAGUGGAAAAACGAAAGAGUUCUUGUUCUCACCAAAUGAUUCAGCAGCAGACAUUGCAAAACAUGUAUAUGACAACUGGCCAAUGGAUUGGGAAGAAGAACAAGUGAGCAGUCCAAAUAUUCUGAGACUUAUUUAUCAAGGAAGAUUUCUGCAUGGCAAUGUGACACUAGGAGCAUUAAAACUGCCUUUUGGCAAAACAACAGUGAUGCAUUUGGUGGCUAGAGAGACAUUGCCAGAGCCAAACUCUCAAGGGCAGAGAAAUCGUGAAAAAACUGGAGAGAGCAAUUGCUGUGUGAUCCUGUAGAAGCGCCACUGUAUCUGCUACUUGUGAUGUAGAAUAGUUUUUGUCUUUCAUGCUGCAGGAUUAGAGGAGACCAACAUUGUUUCAAAAACCCUUUCUGCCUGUCUGUGCAUCCACUGAACUGAAAUAUUACAUGAACCUGGUCACACUUUUUUUCUAGAACAAUGAACACUUUUUUAUUUCUACUGUUUAUGUUGUUGAACAAGCUUAUUAGUGCAUCAUAUCGCCAAUGAAUUUUCUCUCCAAGAAAAAAUUAACUGUACUCUUCAGCAGAAAUCAUUUUGCUACCAUAAAAUCAUUCUUAACCGGAACUUUAACCAAUCAAGAAUUCUAGAUGCAAUUUGCACUAAAACGGUUGACAAUAUAUAGACCUCAUAAACACACGUUCUUAAGUAUUUCCAACAUUGAGAAAUGAAUCAGCACUGAAAAAUAAUACAUAGUCUUUUUCUUAAAUUCAGUCAUGGCCAAUUAAAGCAGGGGGGGUGGACAGGUGUGGAAGAAUAACUAAGUAAAUUCUACCUAAGUCACCCUUGAUGGCCAAGUGGCACAAAAUACUAACUAAAA